AGAAUGGUUGUCAAGAGUCACCAACUUCAGCAAGAGCAAAGCAGCAUAACAGAAAUCGAUUUUCAAAGAAUAUUUCUCCAAAUCAAAAACCGCGUAGAAAAGCAACUUCAAGUAAAUCGUGUUUCCAAAACUUGUUUCCAGCAAACUACCUCUUCCGUCAAAUACUCUUCUCGCUGCUACUUCCGCAUUCGCCCGGUCCUCUCUCUCUCUCUCUCUCUCUCUCUCUCUGCGCGCGCCUGCGUGUGUUUAUGGCUACAGCAACUCUCAGAAGUAAUUAUUUUAUUUCUUAGAUGAAUCUGUGCAUCCAUUCUGUAUUGCCAACAGCUUGCUUCUUCACUCAGCAGCCACCAAAACCCCUCCAAUGUCAACCCUUGCCACCACAACUCGUAGACCCUGCCAGGUAUUCCCUCCCGUGAUCGUCGGCUUCUCUUUCUUCUUUUCUCUCGCUUAAGCAAGAAUGGUAUUGGAGCUUCUAAAGAGCCACUGAGCUAGAUUGGUUUUGGGUCCCAUCUAUUCCAGCAACUGAAAUGGUAAAUUUUCGCUCAUUGCUUCUGUUCUCCGCAUUUCUGCGUGUUUUCUUAAUUAUUUAUGGGGAAUGGCAAGAUGCUCAUAUGGAGGUUAGGUAUACGGAUGUUGAUUAUCUUGUCUUUUCCGAUGCUGCUUCUUUGAUUGCCUCGGGAAAAUCCCCUUACCAAAGAUCUACAUAUCGGUACUCACCUUUGCUCGCAUUCCUACUCAUUCCAAAUUCAAUUAUCCAUCAUUCAUGGGGGAAGAUUUUCUUCUCGGCUGCAGAUUUACUUGUGGGCUUGCUUAUUCGCAGCAUUUUGAAGCUACGUAGGGUGCCCGAGAAUCUGUGCACCUGUUCUGUAAUGGUAUGGCUGCUCAAUCCAUUCACAUUCACCAUUGGAACCCGUGGGAACUGUGAGCCUGUUGUCUGUGCCAUGGUUCUGUGGAUUAUCAUCUGUCUCUUAAAUGGAAAAGUGUUACAAGCUGCAGUUUGGUAUGGGCUACUUGUCCAUUUUAGAAUCUACCCUAUAAUCUAUGCACUUCCUAUUGUUAUAAUUCUGGAUCCACUUUACUAUCAAUUUGGUCAAAAGCCUACCCUUUCAAAUUGGAGUUCUAGUCAGGGAAAGUUGGCCCAAGGUUUUAGCAGCAAAGUGAAUCUAUACGAUAUAUGGAUUACUCUGACCGGCUUGUUUACAAGAGGGAGACUUCUGUUUGGGCUGGUCUCUGGGGCUGUUUUUUUUGCUUGCACUGGUUUUUUCUUCUAUCUAUACAGAUGGGAGUUCUUGCACGAGGCACUGCUGUACCAUCUUACACGGACUGAUCCAAGACACAACUUUUCUAUAUAUUUCUACCAUAUCUAUCUACAUUAUGGACAUGAGUUUUCAGUGGUGGAAAAGCUCAUCUCAUUUCUGCCUCAAUUUAUGGUGCAGCUAGUUCUCAUUUUCUGCUGUGCACGGGACCUACCAUUUUGCUUCUUUGUGCAGACGGUGGCAUUUGUAGCAUUCAAUAAGGUAAUCACAGCGCAAUAUUUCGUGUGGUUCUUCUGCUUGUUGCCGCUAAUACUACCAUGGAGCACCAUGAAGCUCAAGGCAGGCUUAGGCUGCGUUCUGAUAUGGAUGGGAGCUCAAAUGCAUUGGCUGAUGUGGGGCUACCUCCUUGAGUUUAGAGGGAAGAAUGUCUUCUUACAGCUUUGGAUAGGAAGCCUCUUGUUCUUGGCUGCUAAUACUUUUGUGUUGAUUAUGAUAAUCCGCCACCAUAGAUGCACUCCUUUAUACAACAAAUUACAACCUGCUUCUUCCCAGACUUCCAUAAAACGCAAGUGAAAGAGUGAACCCCUAUCACCAUUGUAAGAUCUUAUCAUUUCAUACUGCUAUAGUUAGGUUUGAUGUGAAUUUGGCUCUCUGGAGGAGUGGAAUGUAUGCAGUUUUGGGUUUCUUUUUUAUGACUUUUUUUUUCCAUUUUAUUUAUUGAUUUAGUAUCUUUGAAUGCAUCUAAUAAGAUCGUAUUGAAGAUGAUUUUAAAA